AGAGCCACUGAUGUGAUGAUUGCCGGAAAGGUUGGAGUUGUUUGUGGUUACGGAGAUGUUGGAAAGGGCUGUGCUGCUGCCUUGAAGCAAGCUGGUGCUCGUGUCAUCGUGACUGAGAUUGAUCCAAUUUGUGCUCUUCAGGCCCUCAUGGAAGGCUUCCAAGUUUUGACCCUGGAAGAUGUUGUCUCCGAAGCUGAUAUUUUUGUCACCACCACCGGUAACAAAGACAUCAUCAUGGUUAGCCACAUGAAGAAGAUGAAGAACAAUGCUAUUGUUUGCAACAUUGGCCACUUUGACAAUGAAAUUGACAUGCUCGGUCUCGAGACAUACCCAGGUGUUAAGAGGAUCACAAUUAAGCCCCAAACAGACCGAUGGGUCUUCCCUGAGACAAAUUCCGGCAUCAUUGUCUUGGCUGAGGGUCGUCUCAUGAACUUGGGUUGUGCCACAGGGCACCCUAGCUUUGUGAUGUCCUGCUCUUUCACUAACCAAGUGAUUGCCCAGCUUGAGCUCUGGAAAGAGAAGAGUACCGGAAAGUACUAGAAGAAGGUCUAUGUCUU